ACCAAAGGCAAAAAGAUUUCUCUCAACGUGCAGUUGCCAUCCAGCUCGUAGGAUUUGUCUCUGCAGAAUAUUUAAAUCCCGAGAUACCUCCCCUCUGUUCGCCUUGAAUCCAUCGCUACCCCUCUCGACACAGCCAGCCCGUUUGUCUGCAGCGCAACCUCGUACACCUGUAUUAAAACUUCCCCGCAAUCACUAUGAAGGCAUAUUGGUUCGAUAAUCAAGAGGGUGACCAGCGCCUCGCACACGACUCGGGACGUGCAGUUGAUCCCUCUUACUUGGCCCAGAUCGGCGUCCUCUACCAUCACUGCCCCGAACUGACCUCCGUCGAUGCCAUUGCCAAAGAAAGAAAAUACAAGAACCGCGAUGAAAUCACGGUCUCUCCACAAGCCAUGGGCGCCGUCUAUGAAGACAAAGUGAAGAUGUUCUUUGACGAGCAUCUACAUGAAGACGAAGAGAUUCGCUAUAUUCGGGACGGCGCAGGUUACUUUGAUGUUAGAUCAAAGGACGAUGACUGGGUGAGAAUUCGGCUUGAAAAGGACGAUCUGAUCAUUCUCCCCGCGGGUAUCUAUCACCGUUUCACCACCGAUGAAGAUAAUUAUAUCAAGGCUAUGCGCCUGUUUCAAGACGAGCCCAAGUGGAAACCACUCAACCGUGGUGCCGAGACCGACGUCAACGAGCACCGCAAGAAUUACCUGCAGACCAGAGACGGCAUUUCUGUGGCAUAACAGAUGGCUGGAAGGCCGCAGGUGUGAUUGAUGAGGCUUCUAGCUCGAAGGAAAUCUUUCCCUCGCGAGUAGAUUAUUUGCGCGACGUAACACACGAGUUCUGAAAAUGAUGAAACCGCCUUCUGCGUCGAAUACAUACCGCUUAAGCGAGAGCCUAGAACCAAUCUGGCUUUAUGCAUUUCUCUGCUUAGUUGACAAAGCCAUCUCUUGAACAUGAGGAGUCCAUAACAAGUUUGCGGUGUAGCAGACGGUUUCGUGUAUGAUGUUGUAUUGCAGGAAUCCAUCUCCGAAACCGGCCAUUUUGCAGAUGUAAUUAGUCG